UGGAUUCAAUUGUAUAAAAAGAAACCUCAAAUAAUUUCAUUAAAUAGUUUGAUUCUCAUCUCUCUGCUCAGAAUAUUUGUCGAGCAGCUUUGAUUACAAACAGUACUAAUUUAUAUCACCGGUUUAGUUUUGGUACGAUGACGAUGAAGCAACAAGAUCAGGCAGCUCAACAACCCGAGAUUGCUAUAAUCGUGGGAGGUUCUUCUUCCUCAUCUCCUCCUCAGGCUGAGCAUCAGGUGAAAGAAGAAUCUACUGAAGAUGUGUCUAGCUCUCUACAGAGUGGAACCCACUUGGAUCUUUCAAUACCAUCUAGACCAAAGAGUUCACUGAAGUCCACGAGCUCAUUCAAAAGCGUUAGUUCACCCUCACCAAGAGGAAUCUUGCGUAACCUAAGCUUCAAAAAGAAAGCUGUAGUCCCUCAUCCUGAAAGCGAGAGAAGCUCUCUACUCUCUCCCAAUCUUAUGGAAACACCCAAAAAGACUAUUAUUACUGCCGGUUCAACAACUUCUCCGUACUGGAAAAGAUGCUUAUCCCUUCCAACAAGACAUGCCUCAAAGCUGUCUCCUGUGCCAGCUGAACCGCCUAACCAGGAAAAAGGAGAAAAAGAAGAUUGUAUUUUGUUACAGAAAGAUUCAACUUAUCCAUCAGUUACAAGAUCCUUGUCCAUGCCUGGGAGGAACAUAGUGAUUGUGAGAUCCAUUUCUUUUGACAACCACAAAGCUCAUGUUUCCUCUGAGGCAAAUGCAGAUCAAACCUCUCCAGUUCCUACGGAAGAAACCGAUGAAGAGAUUCCGGAAGAAGAAGCUGUGUGCAGAAUCUGUCUAGACGUGUUGGAAGAAGGCAACACUCUGAAAAUGGAGUGCAGCUGCAAAGGUGAUCUCAGGCUUGUUCAUGAAGCGUGUGCCAUUAAGUGGUUUAGUACAAAGGGGACAAGAACCUGUGACGUUUGUAGACAAGAAGUCCAGAACUUACCGGUUACACUGCUUCGUGUGCCCACAGCUAAUCAAACAAACAACAGACGUGGUCGCGGCCAACAGAAUAUGCAAACACAAACCGCUAGUGCUUGGCAAGAGUUUGUGGUGCUGGUUCUGAUCAGCAGUGUCUGUUACUUCUUCUUCCUCGAGCAAUUACUGAUUAGGGACUUGGCCUCUAAAGCUGUCUACAUAGCAGGACCAUUUUCAUUAACGUUGGGCUUCUUAGCAUCCGUUUUCGCCAGUGUCCUUGCUAUUAGAGAGUACAUAUGGACAUAUGCAGCACUUGAGUUUGCGCUUGUGGGAAUCUUGGUUCAUCUACUAUAUACUAUAGUGAGACUACCUGCGAUAUAUGCUAUACUUUUCGCAGGGAUUCUUGGUUUUGGGAUAGCUGUGUGCUUAAACUCUUUGUACCUUUAUUAUUUCGCUUGGCGUGUACGUGUUGCUCAGAACUCAAAUCCAGUCUGACAUCUCUUUUCCUGUGGCUUCUUUGUUCGUUGAGUUUGUACCAUGGAAGAAGAAGAAGGUGAAGGUGUUGUGACUUGUAAAAUGUAAAUAUAUAUAACCACUCUUCUUCGAGUCUGUUAGUCAUGUUCCUUUCUUGUGCCCCUUUUGUAUUUUUAGUUUUUAUUUAGGGGACGAUGAUAAUUUGUAAAAGAGAAAUUCGUGUAUCAGGUGAAAAGAGUUGCUUCAAAUCAAUGUUCAAAAUUGAUCCA